AUGGAAUCUUAUGAAAAUAAUAGUGAUCUUGAAGAAAUUCAAGAGUAUGGAAAUAAAGAAAAAGAAAACUAUGAAAGCGACUUUGAGGAAGAUCUUGAUGAAUCUUUUCCUAGCUCUCUUUAUUAAAAUAAUAAAAUUAUAUUUCUGAUUUUUUUAUAAAAUAAGAUUAAUAAUUUUUUAUUGGUCAUAAAAUAGCUGAGGAAUAUUAAAAAAAAUCCUUAAAAUGCGAAUAAUUUUAAAUUGAAGUGGAGAGCGUAAGACAAAUUCAAAAACCCCAGAUCCACUGCAUCAAGUUGUCAAAAGCAAUCAAUACAUCCCUUACAAAGAAGCAGAGGAUACUUCUUCAAUAGCUCCAUCAAUAAUGGACACUCCUCUUCGAGCUCAAAAAUACCUAUCACGCCUCAACAAAGAAAACAUUGAAUUGCGAUCUCAGCUGAAAAACUUAAAUCGCAAACUUAAUGAAGUCCUCGAAAUCUCCAAAAAAAAGCCCAGGGCAAGAUCAACAAGUGUGAAUCGAGAACAUGUAAGGCACGAGCAAUUAAACAUAAAAGACAAACAAGUAAAAAUCUACGAAAACGAAUGGAAGAAACUGAAAAGCCGUCUCGAGAAAAUUCAAGGCACAGAUUAUACAAAACAAUUGAAAGACGAAAUCAGCCAAAAAGAAACACAAAUCAAAGAGCUCGAAAAGAAAGUCAAAUCAAUGAAAUUAAAGCAAAACGACAGAGGCAAGCAUCUGAAUAAAUUGGAAGACGAUUUGCCUGACCACGUAAAGUCAGCAAAUGAAGCCUCUAGUGAGAAAAAUAGGCUAACUGAAUUAGUCAGAGACUUAGAGCAGAAGCUUGAAAAGAGCCAUGAAGAGUAUGAGCAUUGGUAUGAAAAAGAAAUUGAUUUAAAUGAAAAAUUAGAAAAGUUGAAUGAAAUUGCUGGGCAGUAUGACUUUAAGCCAGUUUCUAAAAAAGGUAAAGAAAUUUGUAUACUGUAUGAAGAACUAUCAAAAAGCUACCAAAAAUCGUUAAAAAUCUAUGAAAAUACUAUAAAUCAGCUGAAAUUCCAAGAGCGGGAUUUAAAGCAGCAAUAUGACUCAAAUGAUCUUGAGCUGAGUCAAGCAAAUAAAAAAAUAAAGUGAAAACAAGAGGAACUUGCAAAAAUUCAAGAUGAGCUAAAUAAAGUGAUGGAAAGUGGAUCAAGCAUACAGUCUUUAGAUAGACUGAUUUCAUUAGCUAACCAUAAGCGAACAAGCAGAUCAGGCUCAGAAAUAAGCACGCCAAGAUAUAUGAACUCAGCUGAGUCAAGGAGAAGAAUCAAUGUAAUAGCUGAAGUCGAAGAGUCUUUAGCAGAAAGCAAGUCAGCGACUAGAGACCUUUCUUCAAAAGACCUUGGCAGAAGAGGGCUCUCUUCAAGAGAAAUCAGAGAACAAGCCAAAAUUGAUUUAGAAAGUGAAAACCCCCGAAAAUCUUUAUUAAAAAAACAGCUUAUUGAAAGUCUGCCUCCUAAGCCACCUUCAAGAGAAAUAAAGCCGCCUUCUAGAGAAAUAAAGCCUCAGCCAAACAUAGAAGAGUCAUUAAAGCCUUCAUUUUCUAAGCCAAAAUUUAACUUUAAAACAGCUAUUGAGGAAAAUAUAGAAACCAAUGACUCAAAAACUGAAAGAAAGCAGCCUGACAUCAUAACCCAAGAAAAAAUCGCUGAAGAAAAAAUGAAGAAAGGAAUGACAAUGGAUAGGGUUGAUGGUUUAUUAGGAAUUGUAAAAGAAAAAGAGGCUUUGGAGCCAAAAAUUAAUGAUACUCCUUUGGUUAAUUUUAAAAGCCCUGAAGUCUUACCAAAGUCUAAUAUUUUUGAAGAGCUUGAGGCAGGCAGUAAGAAAGAUUCUGCUUUAAAAUCAAUUUUUGGAGAAGAAAAAGAGAAAAAGCCAAAUGAUUUGUUUUUCAGUCGAAAUAUAGAAAAUAAGCCUGAAAUCAGCCCUCAAAGACCUGCUGAAAAUGAUUUAUUUACACAAGUUAACUCAGGUUUGAAUUUUGGGACUAAAAUGGGUAGAGAUCGGUCACAUUUAUUCCAAGAAAAGGUUGCAGAUCCUUUUAAUAUUAAGCCUGUAGAGCCGGAGCUUUUCUUUAAUGAGCUAGCUCAAAAAGAAUUGUUCUUUACUAAUGACACUACUGCAAAUCCUAACAGUGAAGAGUCACUGCUACCUAUUAAAUCCAAAGCAGGAAGAGACAGGUCUCAUCUUGUGUCGAAUAAAAAGGAGCCUGGAUUUUUAGAAGAUUUAAAUAAAAACUCUGGCUUUGUCUUAAACUUAAACUUAUUACAGGCUUUGCAGCUUGUCUAUUGGCAACGCAAACAUCAAGGAUUACCUCAGGGAUUUGCCCUUUUUGCGAUGUCGUUAGGGAGAAUUUCUCGAAUGGGAUGAUAAUUCGCCUGGCGACUAGAGCUUGGGAUCAUAUCCUUCUUUUUCUUGAGUACGUGAUGCCAUUGUAAUCUGAAAUAUACUUCUGUAUCUCAGUCUCCUCACCCACACAAAAAUCCCAAAAAAAUGGAAUUUCUGGUCAAAAAGAAUAUUCAAAUUCUGAGGCGCAACUCUCAGUUGGUCGAUUGAUUUAGGCAUUGACUGAGACGAUGCUGGGUGUUUCUUCUCCAUCUCUGAACCCACCUCUUCCCUCAAGGUAAAAUCCAUCCUGGAAACGGGCUAGGGCUAGUCUCUGAUCAUUCUAAAUUGCUUACCUAACAUAGCUGUCAAUGUCUGGGUUGUCUAAGCCUUGCUGGAUAUAUUUUAAAUAGUUGCUCCAGCAUGCAUUGAUGUGAAGCAAUACCCUGGCCGAGACACCAUAUUUAUUAUAACCCUGACUUUGUUAAUUAUUCUGAUAGAAACCCUCAAGAUUUUUCAGCCUUUCGCAACCAAGCAGAAAUCAAUCCUACAAAUGAUAGAAAUAAAGCUAGAAAAAUUACAGUUGGAAAUAGUGGUGACGAGCUUAAAAAAUUAGCUGAAAAAGCAGAAAAACAAGAAUUUUUCCAAGGAUUAUUUGGAGAAAAUGAUAACGUAAAAAUAGACACUACAAAAAUCCAGUCAAAGCUGCUUCCAACUUCAUUUGAGAAAAAAAUAAAUAAUAACUUGCCAGUAUCUCAACCUUUGGAAUCAAAAGUCAAUAUACUAAAUAUUGACGAAAAAGAAAAGCCUUCAAUGAUUAAUCUCAAUCCCAGUAUAGGCGCAAAAGCUCAGGCUCAGCCACCCAAAAAACCUGUUGCCUUUGAUUUAAUUGAAGAAGAUCUCAUAUUGUAG